AUGGAAAUAGCCCAGAAUUUUAUGGGUACACUAGCUAGAAAUACGAUGACACGGAUCAAUGAAAAUGGAAAUGUUGUUGGGACUAUAAUUGUGAAUUGUGAAGGUUUCCCAGAAACCACUACAUUGGACAGUUUGACGGCUGCUACCUAUUCAACUCACAUGCGAAAUCUGUCACACCAUGCUUCUAACGCUUUGAAGGAAAUUGAUGUAACAGACGAGCUGGUGGUUCUGAGAUUGGUAUCGAGGAAAUCUGAGGCUGUAGUGGCUCCGGACCAUGAGUUCACCCUCAUCGUGGUGAUGAGAAGGUCUUGA